AUGACUACAAAGAACCCCUCAUACCUCAUCAUUGGAGCCGGUGUCUUUGGUGUCUCGACAGCAUACACCCUCAUUCAAAAAUAUCCCAAUGCCUCGGUGACUCUGGUAGACCGAGACGCAUACGACGCCGAUACCCGCGUGGCCGCAUCCUGGGAUUGGAACAAGGUUGUUCGCGCUGACUACGACGACAAGGUCUACUGCAGGUUAGCUCUUGAAGCUCAGGAUAUCUUCAAGUCCGAUCCUCUAUGGCAGCCUCAUUUCCAUCAGACCGGUGUCUACUGGACAUGCCGCAGCGACUACGCCCAAAAUGUGAUCAACCACCAUAAAGAUCUUGGCCGGAAUGACGAUAUCAUCGCUCUGCCGGUCGUGGAGGCCCGGAAGCUAUACGGUGGAAUUUUCGACAAUGCUGAUUAUACCGGUGUCAAGGAGGUUCUUAUUAACAGAGCCAGUGGAUGGGCCGCUGCUGGAGAUUCUCUUCGCGCCGUUACGAAGAGAUGUCUGCAAUUAGGCGUGAAAUAUGUAGUUGCUGAGGUCGCUACCUUGGAAUUCGAUGGUCGUGGUUCGUGUACUGGUCUCAAGACAAAGUCUGGACAGAUUCUGUCAGCGACGCAUACUAUCGUCGCCGCUGGUGCUUUCACGCCCACGUUGCUUGAGUGGAGCGCUGCGAAGAGCGGUAAUCACGGUCUCCGAGCUGGAGAGCGAAUUGUUGCCGCUGGUAUCACAACAGGGAUGGCGCAGCUCAAGAAGGAGCAAUAUGCGAAAUUCAAAGACAUGCCCGUUGGUUUCCAGGGCUAUACGCCCGAGGAGGGCAAGCCUUUCAUUGGUACUCUACCCCCUACCAAAGAUGGAGAGCUCAAGUGGUGGGGCUCCAAGAUUUUCACAAAUACUCGUGAAGUGUUGCCCGGUCGCCACAUAUCUUCGCCUCCGCCUACGCACGACUACAACCAAUGGAAGGUUCCUGGGCCUCUCAAGCAGGAUAUUGUGGAGGCACGAAAUCUGUGGUACGGACCUGAGAGUGCGGAUUGGGAAAUGACGAAGCAUCGAAUCUGCUGGGACGCAUUCACUACAACCUCUGACUUUAUCAUUUCUCCUCAUUCCGCUUCGAAGGGCCUCUAUGUCGCGACAUGUGGCUCCUUCCACGGAUACAAAUUCUUCCCCGUGCUCGGCAAAUACAUCACACAAAUGCUCGAGGGUGAGUUGGAGCCAGAACUUGUAGAGAAGUGGGCAUGGGAUCGUCAGCGUCCUGAUUCUUCCCAAAACGUGGAGUAUCCUAAUUCGGAGAUGAAGCACCUUCUUCAGCCUGCCGCAAAGUUGUAG